AAUUAACCCCUCCAAAACACACACACAAACAUAGGGAGAGAGAGACCGGUGGGCCGGGAUCAUGGAAGUAAGAAGAGGAGGAGCUGCGGGCAGCGGCGAGGCGGAACAUGAACAUAACAGAGACAUAAUAAUAGUUGGGGGUGGGAUAUGUGGCCUAGCAACUGCCCUUGCCUUUCACAGGAAGGGUAUUGAGAAAGUAGUGGUAUUAGAGAAAUCGGAGAAACUGAGAGCCACAGGAGCUGGUAUCAUCACACGGCCUAAUGGUUGGCGAGCUCUUGAUCAACUCGGCGUUGCCGCUAAACUCAGACAAACUGCUGUUCCCAUUUCUAAUAUGCAAGUACUUCAAUACAAGGGCGAACGGAAAGAAUUUCUAUUAGGGGAUGGAGAAAUGCGAUGUUUAAAACGAGCCGAUCUCAUGCAAGCUUUGGCCGAUGAUUUGCCUCCCAACACUCUACGUUUCGGGUGCACCGUGUUGGGUAUCAAAGUAGAUCCUUCUACUUCCUACCCCACAGUACACUUAGAUGACGGAACUGUUCUUCAUGCCAAGGUUGUGAUAGGAUGCGAUGGAAUAAACUCAGAAGUGGCAAACUUUCUUGGAAUGAAUUCUACAAGGAUUUUCUCUACUUGUUCAGUCCGAGGUUUCACAAGUUAUCCCAGUGGCCAUAAAUUUGAGAACAAAUUUGUUAGGUUCAGCAAAGGCGAUGUUCAGUUAGGGAUUUUGCCAGUCAAUCGCAACUUGGUUUACUGGUUUAUCACUCGCCGUUGGACUUCUCAAGAUUCAGUUGUUUCAAACGAUCCGAAGCUCAUUAUACAAUCAAGUAUCAAAGCACUAUCAGGUUUCCCUGAAGAAGAGGUAGAGAUGGUAAGGAAUGGCGACCUCGAUCAGUUAUUUCUCAAUCAAUUGCGUUAUCGCACACCGUGGAACUUGUUACUAAGGAGAAGGUUUGGAGAAGGGAGUGUUACCGUGGCGGGAGAUGCAAUGCAUGCCAUGGGGCCAUUCAUCGCACAAGGUGGCGCUGCCGCAUUGGAAGACGCCGUUGUGCUCGCUAGGUGCUUUGCGGAAACGAUAGGUGGGAUCGGGAUCCAUGACCGGAUUUCGCACAGAGAAUGGAGAAUGAGGAUUGAAAUGGCCAUUCACAAGUACGAGAAGGAGCGGAAGAUGAGAGUGGUGAAAUUGUCUGCCCAGACUUUUGUGAUUGGGAAGAUACAUGAUAGCUCAUGGCUGCCAUUGAAGCUGAUAUGGAUUGCCCUCAUGGUCAUCCUCUUCCAUCGUCCACAUUCGCACACCCUAUACGAUUGUGGCCAACUCUGAUCGAGCAGCCAUUGCUCUGCCAAUAACCAUUACUGUACGUUGGAACUAAU